UUUUGUUUAAAUCGUAUUUCCUUGCUUCUUUAAGAAUUGUAUUGGGGAAUCUACACAUUGUUUUACUUUACGAACUUAUAAUUGUCAUUACAAUGGGGAAAACUAAAGGACCAAACAAGAAACGCGGUCAAAAAACUAAAAAAUCACCCAAAUUUAAUAAAAAUAAAAAAGUAAAUCAGGGAUUUUCCCAGUCUACAAGUACUGGAGCAAAUCAUGGAUCUCAAGAAAAGGAUUCGCAUGACAAUGCAGCAGACUCAGAUGAGGAAUUUGCCAAUGACACUCGUAAAAUGGUUGCUCAACAGAACAGGAAGAAGAAAAAAUCUGGUGGAUUCCAGGCUAUGGGCCUAUCGCAUGCAGUUUUCAAAGGUAUCACAAGAACAGGAUAUAAGAUACCAACUCCUAUACAAAGAAAAACAAUUCCACUUAUACUAGAGGGUAAGGAUGUGGUUGCUAUGGCAAGAACAGGGAGUGGAAAGACAGCUGCUUUCCUUCUGCCAAUGUUUGAGAAACUAAAACAACACAGCGCAAAAUCUGGAGCCCGUGCCAUUAUCAUGUCUCCUACGAGAGAGCUGGCUCUGCAGACUCUUAAAUUUACAAAAGAGUUGGGGAGAUUUUCUGGUCUACGUGCAGCUGUAAUACUUGGUGGUGAUAGAAUGGAAGACCAAUUCACUGCUCUGCAUGAGAACCCUGACAUUAUCAUAGCAACACCAGGUCGAUUCAUGCAUGUAGUAGUUGAGAUGGACCUUAAACUACAUGAGGUUGAGUACAUAGUCUUUGAUGAGGCAGAUAGGUUAUUUGAAAUGGGUUUCCAAGAACAGUUGAAAGAGAUAAUAGCUAGGUUGCCAGAAUCUCGCCAGACUUUACUGUUCUCUGCUACCCUUCCUAAACUUAUGGUAGAGUUUGCAAGGGCUGGACUACACAAUCCCACCCUCAUUAGGCUGGAUGUUGACACAAAACUGAGUGAACAACUAAAAAUGUCCUUUUUGCAAUGUCGGAAUGAUGAUAAAGCAUCUGCCCUUCUUUACCUAUUGAAGAAUGUCCUGAAACCAAAACAGCAGACUGUAGUCUUUGUGGCCACAAAGCAUCACGUAGAGUACCUCCAGGCCUUACUUGAAGCAUCUGAUAUAAAGUGCUCAUACACAUACAGUUCACUGGACCAGACUGCGAGAAAAAUAAAUGUUGCAAAAUUCACAAAUAAGAAGACAUCAGUGAUGUUAGUUACAGAUCUUGCUGCUAGAGGAAUAGAUAUCCCCAUGUUAGAUUGUGUCAUCAAUUAUAACUUUCCUGCAAAACCUAAGCUAUUUGUUCAUAGAGUCGGUCGUGUUGCAAGAGCUGGCCAGUCUGGUAUAGCCUACUCACUUGUCUCUAUAGAUGAACUGGCCUAUGUGAUAGACCUACAUCUGUUUUUAGGCAGGCCAAUGAAAGUCACUACACCCGCAAAACCACUGAAAGAUGAAGAUGGAGUCUAUGGGAUGAUGCCACAGGUGACACUUGAUGAACACCAAGAGAAGAUUACUCAGAUAACCAGCACAUCAGUAGAUCUGAAAAACCUAAAGCAAGUGUCAGAGAAUGGUUACAAACAGUACUUGAGAUCCCGACCAGCAGCUGCCUCAGAGUCCAUCAAACGCACAAAGGAAAUGCAAGCUUUAGCACUUGGUCAGCACCCUAUGUUUGGUUCAAAUGUCCUUGAGGAUGCCAGAUCUGACUUGCUACACAAGAUGAAAUCAUACAAACCAAAUACUACAAUAUUUGAAAUCAACUCAACCACAAAAAGUACAGCCUUGUCUGUCAUGCAGACAAAGCGGAGGAAACACACCAAUGUGAUUGGUCGAAAUGCACUGAAGGUAUCAGACAGAGAAGCAAAGUUCUUAGAGGCUGUUCCUGAUGGGACAACAUGUACCUCCAGUGUGCUGGAUGAUGCUGAUAUUGAGGGUGCAUUCUCCAACAUUGUGGCCCCUAAGAGAUACAACAAUGAUGGGGACAGUAGUACUCAGCCACCACACAAAAAGAAGAAGCAACAACUAGGAAAAGAUGAGGAAUAUUAUAUAUCUUAUAAACCAAAAGAUUAUCAGUCUGAGAAGGGGCUGACUGUUGGAGCAUCUUUUGAACAACAAGCCAUGGGUGCAGUACUUGACUUCACUGGUGAUGAUGAUAAAACUAAUCGAAAGAUCAGUGGCCAAAAGAAAUGGGACCGUAAGAAAAAGAAAUUUGUGAGUGUAGAUAGUGGUAACCCCAAGGGAAAGAGGAAAGUGAAAACAGAGAGCGGUCAAUGGAUCAACGCAUCAUAUAAAACUGACAUUUACAAGGAUUGGUUGAACAAAAACAAGGUGGAAGAACAGGAAGAGGACAGUGACACAGAAACGCAGAAACAUGUCAAUCCUAACAGACUUUCUGUAGUUGGCUUUAAGAAAAGAGGUUUCCAUACAAAGGGCUCCAAGAAGCCAGGGGAGGGCAGUGGACCAGCCAAGGGAGGCUUCAGAAAUGCCAGAUCAGAACUGAAAUCUAAAGACCAGAUAUUGAAAUCAAGACGUGAGCAUGCAAAGAAAGAGAACUUUCAGAAACAUAGACAGUUAAUAAAUCAAAAACGAAGGGGAAAAAAUAUGGCGGGGAAAGCUGGCAAGAAAGGAAAGAAAGGACGAAAAUGAUGCACAUGUUAAAGCUAAACCAAAUAAACUUAUUAUU